AUGCAUAGCUCUACGUCUGGAAUGUAUACCCAGCCUUUCGGAACAAGUCAAUCUACUUUGCCAUCAGGCAAUAGCAAUACUGCCAACUCUCCUUCACAAGAUUAUUGCACUCAGUUGCCACCCAUCAAUACUGCGUCAGCUCAUACACCGGAUGCAUCAUCGCCACCAGCUACCACAAAUCUUAGUCCUCUUGACCAUCAACAUCCAGAGGACACAACCAUGUCAUCCAUCAACAGCAGACGUACAAGCUCUGUUAUCAGCUAUCCUCAAAGUUUGAUUGAUAGCACGGCGAUAGCAGCGAACAAUAGUAGUAAUAACAGUAGCGGAUGGUAUUCAACAGCAUACUCGUCAUCGCGUGAUAUCAGCAAUAACAACAUUCUCUCGUCACAAUCACAACAUGACCCAACAGCUUUUCACCACAACCAUGGGCAGCCAACACCAUCGCCUUCUGGAUCAUUGGAUAAGAGCAGUACUACAGCAACGAAUACGAAACGACAACGCACGCCAUCAACUAAGGAUAUUCAUGUUGAGAAAAAUACCGAGGGCAAGCCACCUUAUUCUUACGCCACUCUGAUCAAAUACGCCAUCGAGAAUAGUCCCAACAAAAAGCUUACGCUAAGUGAGAUUUAUCAAUGGGUGAUUGAGCACUACCCAUACUAUAGCACAGCUGGCACUGGUUGGAAGAAUUCAAUUCGACAUAAUCUUUCUCUCAACAAAAGCUUUGUACGUUUGGCAAGACCCAUCAAUGAACCUGGCAAAGGGUCCUAUUGGAUAGUGGAUUAUACGGCAGCUGAUGCAGAGCGUCGAUCGCGUUAUUCAAUGUCUAUGCGUAGUGGUCGUAAUAAUCGAUCAGGCAGUGAUCCUGCACCUUCACCCUAUCGACCUGAAACUUGGACAUCAUCCAUUGCUGCUGGUCGACGUUAUCGUGAUGGUCGAUCCAUGUCAACGGAUGGUAGUGCUCCACGAGCUAAUCCACUUUCAACAACUGCAACAGGUGCUCAAGCUGGCUAUGGUUAUUAUCCUUACUAUGGCCGCCAUUACCAUUAUCAUCAUCAACAUUCACAAAUCAGAUCGGCAAAUAGCCAUCCAUUGUCACGUCAGCAUAAUGGUCCGUGCGCUACUGGAGCAUACGAUCCUUACUAUUUUGAUAAUGGAUUGCAUACCCCAUCGCAUUAUCAUCAUCAACAACAACCACCUUCUUUGAACACUAGCAAUGCAACCUUGGAACCUACGACACCUGUUCCCGUUACAAAUAGUGCAUUUGCAUCCAUGUAUGCUGCCACAAGUCCAACGACUCCUAAUGGUACAGGCAAUGGGCAAUACAAUCAAGCAAUGUAUACACCUUAUGGUUAUGGUACAGCAGCAGCAGUUGCAGCAGUAGAUGACAUGCAUCAUCCAUUGUCACGACCUCCAACAAUGUAUACUCAGCAGCAACAACAACAUGAGCAGCCUACUAUUACCACACCACCAUCAUCGUCACCUACCAUGAAUUGGACACCUUCUGCUACCGCAUCAGCAGCCACAAGUGGUGGUACUCAUGAUUUGCAACAUCAUCGUCAUUCGAUGGAUGUGCCAUCAGCCCUUUCACAUCAACCAGCCCCUAUUCAACAGCAACAGCGUCAGCAGCCAUCCGAUGGUACAUCUUCACAGCCACCACCUUCCCCAACGUAUUCCAGCCAAUCAUGUUCACAUCAUCACAUGAACUUACUUGACAGCAACAAGCCAUCAACGACUGCUUACAAUCCAGCAUCGUCCACCUCAGACAAGGCUAUGGAAGUGGAUACUACUACUACAUCAAUCAAGCAAGAAGCAACGACAUCGGAUGAUAAUAAGGAUAGCGUUGCCGAUAAUGGUGUAGCAGCAGCUGCAGCAGCUGCCGCUGCUGCUGGUCUCACCAACCACAGCGCUGAUGGGUUUAAUUGGUCUUCCGUGUUAUAA